UGGAGCCAACUCAAAGAAAAUGGGAGUGUAAACGUAUCCCGGGGAUGAGCUCAAAUCAAAGCCAGGAAUUGUCAUGUACUUGUUCAGCCGGGGUGUAGUGACUGAAUGACCACCCGUGAGAACCCGCAGAAACAGAAACAUGGAAUGGUGAAAGUGUAGAAUUCCCCACAGCACCUCUUACCAAAGACCACUCCUGAUGUGUAUGCCAUUCGACUAGCUGGGAUAAACCAGACAGAACAGGGCAACUCCCAACCACUCCAGGUCCAAUUCCUUCCAAUAGGACAUUCUAAUCAAGAGAAAUGAAUGUUCUCUCUUGGCGAGGUUCCUUGUGUUUGAUUGAGACCCAGAAACCUCGCCCUGAUUUCAUCUGCAAACAGAUGGGUAAUACGAUGUGAGUUUAUUUGUGAAUGAAUAUGGAAUUUUACACAUUUGGCUGCCAAGAAUUCAUCUGUGGAUCAAAUUGCUUCAGUCAGUGGAGAGUAGAAACUACCAAGGCUGGGCUCUAUAAUGAGAAAUCCGUGAGAAACAGAGCAACAUGAGAUUUGGUUUAGGUUAACCCCCUCUAUGUUGCAUGUGGACCGUGAGAUUGGAGAAUAACACUUUACAGACAUUACAUUCCCUCCUGUCUCUUCAGAGCUGCACCUCUACAAAAGAGGAUCUUUCACGCUCCCACUGCUCCUUCAUCACUCCUUUUUGACCCAUUUAUCAAAGGAAUAUAACGGAAGUCAAUGACACUUUAGCUAUUAACACCAGAAAAUCAGCAACAAGCAGAAGUGAACUUUAGGGUUCCAUAGUGAGAAAAACUCUGCUCUAUCCAUUCUUUUUGAACCAAUUAUGAAAGGAGUUUAACAGAGAUCCAUGAUACAUUACACUAAAGCAACACUUUGGUGUUAACAGAGAGCCAGCUAAAGAGCAUUGAGAAGAGUACUAUAUUCUAUAAUGGGACUGAGAGACUCAAAUCAGUAGGUAUGACAGACUGGACUGAAUAGGAAAACAUACACACGAAGUCGCAUCUUAGUUCCAAGGGGCCUAGGAGAGGCAAAAACUGAGGUAAACUGGUAAAAUGGAAAACAUGGCCACCAACCGGUCCAGUGACUACCCAGAAUACCCCACCGGCCUCCCCUACAACUCCAGCCUAGACUAUGAGGACUACGACCAGGAACUUGAUGCCAGUAAGAUCAUCAUCCCCUCCAUCUACGCACUGGUCUGCUGUGUGGGUCUUACAGGCAAUGCCAUGGUCAUCUAUGUCAUCCUCAAAUACGCCAAGAUGAAAACUGCCACCAAUAUUUAUAUAUUAAAUCUGGCAAUUGCAGAUGAACUGUUUAUGUUGAGUGUUCCGUUCUUGGCGACUUCAGCGGCUGUACGUCAUUGGCCGUUUGGCUCGCUCAUGUGCCGUCUGGUGUUGAGCGUGGACGGCAUCAACAUGUUUACAUCUAUCUUCUGUCUGACGGUGUUGAGCGUGGAUCGAUAUGUGGCCGUGGUUCACCCUAUCAAGGCUGCCCGCUACCGCCGUCCCACCGUGGCAAAGGUGGUCAACGUCUGCGUGUGGGGCCUCUCGCUCCUCGUCAUCCUCCCCAUCAUCAUCUUUGCUGACACGGUCCCGGCGCAGGACGGCGGAGUGGACUGCAACUUCCUGUGGCCUGAGGCUGCAUGGUCAGUGGCGUUCGUGGUGUACACCUUCCUGCUCGGCUUCCUGCUUCCCGUAGGUGCUAUCUGCCUCUGCUACUGCCUGAUGGUGGCGCGCAUGCGUGCGGUCGGGCUCAAAGCCGGUUGGCUGCAGCGAAGGCGCUCGGAGAAAAAGAUCACGCGGAUGGUGUUGUGCAUUGUGGCGGUCUUCGUGCUCUGCUGGAUGCCCUUCUACAUCGUCCAGCUGGUCAGCGUGUUCCACCGCCCCCCGGACGCCAUGGUCACCCAGCUCUUUGUCAUCCUGAGUUACGCCAACAGCGGCGCCAACCCAAUCCUCUACGGCUUCGUGUCCGAUAACUUCCGGCGGUCGUUCCAGAGGAUUGUGUGUUUCCGUUGGCUGGAGUCUGGGCUGGAUGGAGAACAGGUGGACUACCGUGCCGUAGCUCUGAAGAGACAGGCCACCAAUGGACAGAAAGACUUCCCUAAGGAAUGUCUGGCAUCUGGUAUGGUGUUCCGGAAUGGGACAUGCACGUCACGCACGACUACACUGUGACAGGAGUCAAUAGUUGUAGAUGAUAAAAUACAAUGCCACACGGCGAAUGAUGGGAUAGCAACGUAUGACAACGAAUGACACCACACACGAACAAUGAGUGAGGCCCGUAGUUGAUGAGAACGACACACAUAUGGGCUUUGUUUUUCCCGCUGGAUAAAGAGCAUUAAUUGACUAUGUAGCACAGGAGGUUGUAUGCACAAAAUAGAGAUGCUAGAUGUCAGUGUGAUGGUUGACUGACUACAAGCCAAGUCAAAUGAGGUUUCUCAUACUGAGGUGGUGCAGCUAUGACAAGUUUAUAAUUUUGACUUGGUCUUUUACCCGGAGUUUAGAGCACAUGUGUUUGUUUGACCUAUGUCCUUCUGUCUGUAAACCUAUUUAUUGUACUGUAUAUGCUAUAUAUGUAAUUAUGUAUUUAUUUAUUUGGGGUUGGAUGAUAAGCCGAAACUGCCUAUGCUUAAGUACAUGGGAAAUAAUUGAAUAAUUGGCAGAAUCAUACUUUUGCCACAGAGGUCAAGUCUGAAUCAUAGGGGUUGUAAAGCAUUAAUGCCCAACGUCUCUGUUGAGUCCUGCUGUGUUCUCUCUGUUGCUUUCACUUGCUCAAACACGUUCAUGCAAGCAGCCCAAAGGGACAACUGUAAAUAGCCAAGCUGAAAUAAAUGUUUCAUUUGGAAGUGUGGUGAUCAUGUUUUGAAAAGAACGGUUCACUGAUGGUUUUGACAUUCAAACUCUGUCAGUAGCACAGAAAAAUACUCUCCACAUUUUUUUCGAAAGGAACUGCAGUCAGUCAGUUUAGAAAGCAGUUGUGAUAAUUUUUCACAUGGGCUCCGUGAGGCACAACGCUCC